CAUAGAGCGCCAAAUUCCAUCUCUUCCACUCUUCCUAUAUACAACACGCACUCACUCACACACAAUUCACACAUAAACAAUGUCUGGAACGAAAUCAAGCUCGCGGAAGAAGAAGAUAACCGAAUCCGGAUCUCCGAAAACCGAAUUGAAACGAGUUCUGAUCGAAGAAGAAGAAGACGAUGAUUUCAAUUUCGAUGCUGCUGCUGCUACUGCUAAUCAAUUGAAGCCUCAACGCCUUUCCAAAAAACAGCGCUCCACUUUUGAAGACGAUUUCGAUGCCGAUCUCACUAGUGAUAUAGAAGGGUUAAUGAAUGCAUUACAUCAGAUCAAAGAAAAAGCACAGAAGGAUGGACAGAAGAAAAAAGAGGAAACUAUCUCCAGCGUGGCUACAGAAAUCAGGUCUAAGUUUGAUGAACUGAAGUCCAAAGUAGAGAAAGAAAGGCAAAACUUUGCCAAGGCACUUUCAAAGAGUUCAAAAGAGUGUGAGAACUUGCUGAAGAAUGAGACUGCCAAGUUCCAGACACUUUAUGAGAAUUUCUGCAAGGACAAGAACUCACAUCUUCAGGCUCUGAAAGAUACCAUUUCAAAGUAUGAAGAAGAGAAGGAAAGAUUGUUCAUGAGAUACGAACAACACAGAAAGAAAGAAAAGAAUUUGCUUACUGAGCACGAGAAGACUUGUGCUACCAAAAUCGCUGAACUGGAGGAGUCACUGAAGAAAAAGAAGCAGGAUGAUAAAACAUUCAGCAUCUUAAGGAAAACUCUUGGGGUGUUUCUUGACAAUGCGUCUGACGAGGACUUCCCAGCUGAGGAUUAAUCUGAAUUCUGGAAACACUGUGCUGUAACUUGUCUUGUUCCCACUUGUUAAUCUAAAGAGAAGCAUAUCUAGUUAUCUGCCACUAUUGAGGUACAAAAUAGAUUACCAUAAAGUAGCUCCCGUUAUGCAAUUAGCGGUAUAAAUUAGAUCUUAUCUAAUUGUAGGUAGAAAACAGGUUACCAUUGAUCCUGCAAAUCAUUUGGUCAUAUUAAAUAAUCCAAUUAGUUGUUCACUU